AUCUCAGCCGUCCAACCUAGGGCUCGCGGCUCCCCCCGCCCGACCAUAAGUACCCAACCCUAGCCCAAAAUCCUUCCCUCCACCGCAGACUCUUCCGCCGUCAUCGCGUCUCCUCGCUAGGUAGGUAGGAGAGGAAGAGGGCGAAAUGGUGAAGCACAACAACGUUAUCCCCAACGGGCACUUCAAGAAGCACUGGCAGAACUAUGUCAAGACAUGGUUCAACCAGCCCGCCCGCAAGCAGCGGCGCCGCAUCGCUCGUCAAAAGAAGGCUGCGAAGAUAUUCCCACGCCCAACUGCUGGACCUCUUCGCCCCAUUGUCCAAUGCCAAACUCUCAAGUACAAUAUGAAGUCAAGGGCUGGGAGAGGCUUCACUCUCGAGGAGCUGAAGGCUGCGGGCAUUCCGAAGAAGCUUGCUCCAACCAUUGGCAUUUCUGUGGAUCACCGCCGCAAGAACAAAUCACUUGAGGGACUCCAGGCUAAUGUCCAGAGGCUGAAGACGUACAAGGCCAAGCUGGUUAUCUUCCCAAGGCGUGCUCGCAAGGUCAAGGCUGGUGACUCUACUCCUGAGGAGCUUGCCAGCGCCACCCAGGUCCAGGGUGACUACAUGCCUUUUACUCGUGGUGAGAAGCGCUCGGUUGAGGUUGUGAAGGUCAGCGAUGAGAUGAAGUCGUUCGCAGCGUAUGGCAAGAUCCGCCUUGAGAGGAUGAACAAGAAGCACCUUGGUGCCCGCCAGAAGAAGGCCGCUGAGGCUGAGAAGGAAGAGAAGAAGUAAAGUGACCAUCGGAUAUAGUAUCUUCUAGUUGAUGCUACAGCCAAGGGCUUGUUCUAGGUUUUGUUUUGUUCCUGAAAGUAGAGACCAGUGGAUUGUUUUGGUGUCCUUGUACUGUUUGAUACCUGGUACGCAUUUGCUGUCCUCUUGCGCAUCUGAAUUGCUGUCAUGAAGUUUACCUGUCUGAAAUUCAUUGUAGCUGGUGAAGUUUGCCUGCAUGAGAUUUGUGGUGUUAAUGUU